CGAGCACGUCACUGACUGAGCUAAGAGACGAGGCCGGUCCUCGUCAGGUCUUCCUCUCAAUCCGUCGCUCGCCGGAAUCCAUGGAAGCGCCGGCAACUUCUCCGGUACCCGGCAACCCUUCUCGCAAGGUGGUCGCCGUCGCCUCCGGAGAAGCUCACACUCUCGCUCUCACCGGGGAUGGCGUUGUGUAUGCAUGGGGGAGAGGACUGUUUGGGCGGCUCGGGACCGGCUCUGAAGAGGAUGGGCUUUUCCCGGUUCGAGUCAAGUUUGAUUUCCCUCAGGACAAGAGGGUCAAGAUUGUGGGAAUCGCUGCUGGUGCUUACCAUAGUCUUUGUGUUGCAGAUGAUGGAUCUGUUUGGUGCUGGGGCUACAAUCUCUACGGACAACUUGGUGCCAGUGGAGACAAUUCUGCAGUACCUUGCUUGAUGAAUGAAUUUAACGAGCUGGCUUCUCCCAAAUCAAUGACAAAUGAGUCAGAAAUGAACAGCAAAGCAUCACUGAAGGUUUGUUCUGUUAAAGCUGGCGGUAUGAUGUCCUUUGCAAUAGAUAAUCUCGGUGCAUUAUGGAUGUGGGGAAACUGCCCACAGCAAAGCAGCGACAACAAAGAAGCGUUCUCUCUGGUGAGCUGUCCUACACCAAUUCCAAUGUGGGAUUUGCAUGGACACAUUGUAGUUAAGGUAGCUUGUGGAAAUGAGCAUGUAAUAGCACUGGUUAGUACAGGAGAAAAACAUGAGGGGGAUGAUUUAGUGUGCUACUCGUGGGGUAGCAAUAAUCACGGUCAGCUAGGCUUGGGAGAUAAAGAAAGCAGACUUCACCCCGAAAUCAUAAAAACAUUCAAUGAGGAUUGUCCAUGGGCAGUUUAUGAGGUAGCUUGUGGGGCCUUUCACACAGCAUUACUUACCCAUAGGAAAAGACCAAGUGACACUUCAGAAAGUAUGUGCUGGACAUUUGGACUUGGAGAUAAAGGACAGCUUGGACAUGGAACAACCCAAAGUACUUUGGUUCCAGAACCUGUAAAGCAGCUUCCACAGCCUGUAUAUUUGAUCUCUGUUGACUGUGGCUUGUUUCAUACCAGUGUUGUUUCAUCAGCUGGAGAUGUGUGGUCAUGGGGUAUGGAAAGGGGUCUCGGUUUAUGUCCAGAAGCUAGUUUUGCAGGUGGAGACGUGGGUGAUGCUAUUUUUCCCAUACUAAUUCCAUGUAACUGGAAAUAUGGACCUAAAUUUCACGACCCAGUUCAAGUCACUUGUGGUGCGGCACAUACUGUUCUUGUUGCAGAUGAUGGAUACAAGCUUUGGUCUUGGGGAAGAGGAAGGAGCGGAGUCCUUGGCAACGGAAAUACAAUAGAUUGUUAUGCUCCGACUUUGGUUUUGUGGCCUCCACCAACAGAGGAAUUCGAGCAAGAGGAGAGUUCGGAAGACAAAACCAUGGAUAAAAGUAGCAAUGGAACCACUGAAAUGGAGAGAAAAUUGUCGCUUGCGACGGAAGAGAUAAAGUCUCUCCAGUUGAGACUUUCUAAAAUGGAAAGAUACACGAGCAUGCUCCACGGUUCGAUCUUUGGGAAACCUUUCAACGAGCAAGAUAUCCCUUUGCUGUCACAGAAUUCCGGGACUUUGGACAUUGCGAAAGAGUGGGACGACAUGUUAGAGUCAGCCGACCGCGGUAAGCUUAUCAGAAUGGAGAUGUUCUACAGGAACAUGCUUGCCGGUGUGAAAGACAAGCUUAUGAAGAGGAGGAUCAAGGAGAUCGUACAGGAGUGUCUCCAGGCCCCCGGUCCUGGACAGUAGAGUCCUUAAAUGGACCAGAGUGGACGAGGACACGGUUCAUUUAUCAUUUAAGAGAGGGUCAUGUAUGUCUGUUGUAUUACAUGCUUAUACAGAGUGCAUCACUUCAUCUGCUGUCAAUAGGCGAAAGCUUUUGGUUCCGAGAAGCCCGAUGUGUUAUUCAUUUCUUUACUAUGUGCGAGCGGCGGGCCAAGGCAUAUACCUUAUUUCACUAGUCUUAUAUGUCAAUCUCGAUGUACAGUUUUCUCAAGGCAUUGUUAUUGUACGAGCUGUUGCGCCUUAGCGCAUCCGUUUUCA